GCAUCACAGUCUCAUUGCGGCUUUUCUAUAACCGUCUGUACAUUGGAAAUUAUUUAUUGAUCUCACAAACCCUGAAAUUCUCUAUUUGCAAGGCUCUGGUGAAAUGCUUCUUAGCUUGCAGACACGCAGCUGUGGCUUACAUGUUCUCCAAAGGAACGUGUCUGUGAAGCACCAUAGGAGUGUCUAUAGGAAAUCAAGGUCCAGGAUGGAACAUUCCUGCUCGCUCCUACUGCUCUGUGUUAGUUUUCUGUUUGUGGAAGCUCUACCACCCAAUGGAACUGAGUUGCCAAAGCCAACAGCAACAACAAACUCUACAGAGGAGAACAAUUUACACAAAGACCUACUGACCUCGAUGCUGAUUCUGCUCCUGGUCUUCAUCAUUUUCAUUCUGUUGGCUGGCUAUUUUUUCAGGUUUAGAAGACAUAGAAAAGCUGUUGUGAACUCUGGGGACAAAAAGAUGCCAAAUGGAAUCUUAGAAGAACAAGAACAGCAACGGGUGAUGCUGCUCAGCAGGUCUCCCUCAGGCCCGAAGAAGUAUUUCCCUAUUCCUGUAGAAAAUCUUGAAGAGGAAAUACGGAUGCGGUCAGCAGAUGAAGGGAAGCUCUUCCGGGAGGAGUUUAAUUCAUUAACACCUGGAUAUGUGCAGGGAACCUUUGAAAUGGCAAAUAAGGAAGAAAACAGGGAGAAAAACAGAUAUCCUAACAUCCUGCCAUAUGAUCAUUCCAGAGUAAUUUUGACCCAAAUUGAUGGAGUCCCAUCUUCAGACUACAUUAAUGCAUCAUAUAUAGAUGGUUAUAAAGAAAAGAAUAAAUUUAUAGCAGCACAAGGAACAAAGCAAGAAACAGUUAAUGAUUUCUGGAGGAUGAUAUGGGAGCAGAAGUCAGCCAUUAUCGUCAUGUUAACCAACCUGAAGGAAAGAAAAGAGGAAAAAUGUUAUCAGUAUUGGCCUGACCAAGGGUGCUGGACUUACGGAAAUAUCCGUGUGUCAGUGGAAGAUUGCAUAGUUCUGGUGGACUAUACCAUCCGCAAGUUCUGUGUCCAGUCCCUUCACGAUGGUUGUAAAGCUCCGAGGCUCGUUACACAGCUUCACUUUACCAGCUGGCCUGAUUUCGGGGUGCCUUUCACACCUAUUGGGAUGCUGAAAUUCCUGAAAAAAGUCAAAACAUUGAAUCCUGCCCAUGCUGGACCAAUUGUGGUUCACUGUAGUGCUGGCGUUGGCCGCACCGGCACGUUUAUUGUUAUAGAUGCCAUGAUAGACAUGAUGCACUCGGAACAGAAAGUUGAUGUCUUUGAGUUUGUUUCAAGAAUACGUAAUCAGCGUCCGCAGAUGGUUCAGACUGACAUGCAAUAUUCCUUCAUUUAUCAAGCCUUACUUGAAUACUACCUCUACGGUGACACGGAGCUGGAUGUGUCAUCCUUAGAAAAACAUCUACAAACAUCACACAACGCGGCACCAAACCUUGUCAAAAUAGGACUAGAAGAAGAAUUUAAAAAGUUAACAAAUGUUCGAAUAAUGAAAGAAAACAUGAGAACUGGCAAUCUUCCAGCAAACAUGAAGAAAGCUAGAGUCAUCCAGAUCAUCCCAUAUGAUUUUAAUAGAGUGAUUCUGUCAAUGAAAAGAGGGCAAGAGUAUACAGACUACAUCAAUGCUUCCUUCAUAGAUGGCUAUCGCCAGAAGGAUUACUUCAUUGCCACCCAGGGACCACUUCCGCACACAGUGGAGGAUUUCUGGCGGAUGGUGUGGGAGUGGAAGUGCCACACCAUAGUUAUGCUCACAGAAGUUCAAGAGAGGGAGCAGGAAAAAUGCUGCCAGUACUGGCCAUCAGAGGGCUCUGUAACUCACGGAGAGAUAACCGUAGAAAUCAAGAAUGACAGUCUGUUAGAUGCCAUAAGUGUAAGAGACUUCAUAGUUACAUACAAUCAGGGUAACCAGGAAAAGCAAAGCAGGCUUGUUCGGCAGUUCCAUUUCCAUGGGUGGCCAGAAAUCGGAAUUCCUGCAGAAGGAAAAGGGAUGAUCGACCUGAUUGCAGCUGUCCAAAAGCAGCAGCAGCAAACAGGCAAUCAUCCAAUUACUGUGCACUGCAGUGCUGGCGCUGGAAGAACAGGUACAUUCAUAGCACUCAGCAAUAUCCUGGAACGAGUGAAGGCUGAAGGGCUCUUAGAUGUAUUUCAAGCUGUGAAGAGCUUAAGACUGCAAAGGCCACAUAUGGUGCAAACACUGGAACAGUAUGAAUUCUGCUACAGAGUGGUACAAGAUUUCAUCGACAUCUUUUCAGAUUACGCUAAUUUCAAAUGAAAAAUCCUGCCUUAUUUUUUAAGUUGUCUGUAUAAAUAGUUGUAUAUUCUGUUAAUUUAUUCCAUGUCAUUUUGGUUGUUGACUUGGCUGUAAAUAUGACCUUGUGUUUGCUCUAAAAGUUGCAUUUGCUGUAUAAAGUUAUUUCUUAAAGAUAAAUAUCUUCUAAAGCAGAGUAUAAUGUUCAUAUACAGUAUAUCACUAUAAGAUGAUAUAGAAAUUUUUAUUCUAAAUAAUAGUAAACUAAUUCUUGAGGGUCUUUGAAGUUUUCCACUUAUAAAUAUCUAUCAAUAAUGUUAUCUCCCAAUUCUUGAACCUUUGCACAGGUGAUUUACAUUUCAUACAAAAAAAAUACGUGAAUUCUGGUACAUGUGUUUAAACUAAAUAUGGUUUGGUCAUAAACCUUUCUUUACUAUGAAAAUACAUGUUUAUUUGGGGACAUGUUCUGAUAACGCUGCUUACUUGUAAUUUAUUUCAGAGAUGGUCUUGUUGAAGGCAAAGAGACUGUUUGAGUGAAGUGCUAUUAGUGAUAAAGGUAUCAGAAUAUGGCCCUUCAUGUGUAAUAAUGUACAGUCCGGCCAAAAAAAUAGAACUGCUUUUAAAAUCUGUUUUUAAGAACCUCCAGAUUGAUGGCAGUUCUAUUUUGAGUCUUGCCGUCAAUAAGAUAUAAUCAGUAUAAAUAUAGAUGUGAAUGUUUGACUUGAUAUAGCCUUCAAAGUCCAUUUAUUUUGUUGUUUCCCAAAUAAUACACCAGCUUAAAUCAAUUUAGAAAGACAAUAGUGUGAGUUUACCACUAUUUUGAGACUAUUUUGCAUAUCAGAAGAGUAUAUUUUGCAGCACCUGAACUUGUCUACUUGAAGAGGCUUUAUAGCCAUUGCCAGAAAUGGAUUUAGAGCUUCUCUAUAUACACACAUGCGUAAUUUCCCACUUCUUUGAGAAAACACAAAAGUUAUGAACUCUUAUUCUUUGAUGUGACUCAAUGAAUAAUAAAACAGUAUUUGCUAAAAUUUUGGCAAAAAAACAUUUUACUAACAGUGUAAUGCUAGCAACAUUAACUGUAGUAGCAAAAAGCUCCUCUGCAUUCUUACCCUCCCAUAUAUGUUGUCAAAAAGGGAAUGAUUUCUUUAUCUAAAAGGGGUAUACGAUUAUGUAUAUAGAUAUAUUUUUAAUGAAAGUACUACUGAUAAUAUAAUUGGUGAAAUAAAGUUUGAAAGUCUUUAUCAUAGCCCUGAAGAGGAUAUGCUUGGAGGUUAGAAAAUCCAACAAUCACAGGGCAUCCGAAUGUUGAAUAAUUAAAAAGUAUAUCUUUUCCACUCUUUAAAAUGCAUAUAUGAAUUAAUGAGCACAAAGUAUAUGAAUAUGUACUUUAAUUACAUAACAAAUAUGCAAUAGUUCUGUCUUGUCCAGUUGGCUGAGUUUUUCAAUGCAAACAUAAAAGCCUUAUUUAAAUUAAGCAACCUACACUGAUCAUUUUGCUGUUGUUCUUGCACUAUUUUAUCCCAUGACCAUUUUUCAUUUCCAAUAACAAAUAACAUUAUACUUUGUAACAAUGCAAAGGAAUGGGAAGGUGUUCAUACCUCUCCUUUCAUGUCAUUCUAAAUGGAAAAGGUGCAGUUUAGAAAUUUCUAAGCACACUGUUCUGAACACUGCCAUUAACUGCUUCUUGUCUUCCCAUCGAUGCACUUCUGUAUUUAUUUGUACAGUAAAUUAUGCACUUAAAGAUUGUUUAAAGACUAAACUUCUGUUGUGAGUUGCUAUGAGAAGAUACACUCAAGCUGCAGAAACUGUUGAGUGAUGAGAAGGACUGCUAAGUAAGUUUACAUUACCACUGCAUGCUGAAAUUUUAUCAACUUCUUAAAAGCCAUCAAAUAAAUUCAGUAUGGAAAUCAACACCUUGGGGUUUUCAGUAUGAUCAUUUGUAGCACAGGGAGACUCAGAGAGGUUAAAUGAUGAUAGAAAACAAUGCAAAGAAACUUCCACCAUUUUCUGAAGCAGCGUAUUUCAUGGUCCCGUUAGAUCCCAGCAUCAGGAGCUUUCCAAACAUUUAGCCUCAAUUUGAAAAAUAUUUUUUCUGUUGGACAGCCUUUUGGGUCACUUAACUCAUAAUCUGAGCUUUAACUUGCCUCGUGAAGCAAACCUCCUCAGAUCAGUGGCAAUGUGGUGUGACCCAGGGCAGCAGAACUCCACCUGCCCGCGGGGCUUACUACCAAGAGUCGUUCUGUAGAGCGAGCACAGGCAGCUCUUGGUAGUUACAGUAAGCAGCAGGAUGGAGUUAAGCUGGAGCAUCAAAUAGUAAGUGGGUACUCAGAUUUCAGUUGCUAAUUAUAUUAAGAUACCUAGGAAGAAACAGAAAUACUUAGAAUAUAUUUCAGAAGUCACAAAUAUAGCUACAUAAUGACAUCUUUUAUAAUUUGAACAACUUGCUUUCCUGUUCUUGUGUUUAGUCAGUAGACUGCUCAUUACAGCAGCCUAACCAGUGGGGAGCUGUAUCUUGAUAGAGAUAUAUAUGAAUUUUCUUUUAAGUUUUCCCGUGUUGCAUGAAUUACUUUAAAAUGCCAAAUAGUUGAUUAGAAGUCGUACAUUCUGAUCUGUAUGUGAUUUUGGUCACUGUGUGACUCGGCUGUCUGUUUUCAUGUGUUAAGAUAGGUUCCAGUUCACCUAAGCAUUUAAGCAUUUGCUUUACAACAUCUCUAUUCCACGAGACAUUUAAGUACCAUAGGUUUCUUCUUCCUGAAGCAGUCCCUUAAGUGCUUUGCUGAAUUGGGCCUUAAUGAAGAAUGCAUACUGUAAUUACCAGUGUUUUUUAGGGUAUUUUUACGUAUCAGUUUUUUAAACUUUUAAAAUGAGCCUGACCACCUGUGUUCAGUAUUUUGAAAUGUUUUCAUUUCCCUAGUACCAUUUUUAAUGUAAAGUUACUGAAACUUUUCUGUAUAACCAAAUUGUAUUUAAUUUGUCAAAUCUUUAUAAUAUAUGUAUGUAUUAUACAGUUUCAGCUAUUAUUAUUUUCUUUUAUUACAUUUAUAAUUUGAUCUUGCUGUGUUUUUAAUGCCGGUGAAUGUUGCUGAAUUAUUUGUAUAUGCAAAUUGCAAGAUCUAAUACAUUCUCAUGCAAGAACAAAGUGUCGUUUUUAUUCUCAAACUGUAUUACUUUCUUUAAAUCUUUUAAUUUCAUUCCUGUACUGUGUGUUCAUUUAAAUUAAGUAUUGUAAAGAAGUUGAAAUCCAUUGUCUAGAUAAAUAAUAUUUCGGUAUUAUACUUAUCUGUAGCUAUUUGGAAGCAAUAUCCUUAUUCAUGCCAUAACUGAAGCAUUGUGCAUAUAGAGUGCGUAUAAACUCUUAAUAGUCAGGUCUUCCCAAACUGUAUUAAUAAGAUAUAUCGGUACGGUGUAUCUGUACAGCACCUACACAAUGGUUCUUUGCUCUUCGGUCAAGCCCUGCCUCUAGCCCUUCCUUCCAGUGAAGUAUCCGAAUGGGGCAAAGCGGCAUGAAGCUUAGAGGUUAUGUUCCCCUGGAGGGACGCAGGGAGGAGGAGGGGAGCCCAGUACCAUUUUGCAGGCUACUCAGUGGGAUGUAGGAGUAAGUUUUGGUCUCUGGGGGAGAUGGGAUUUCACAAAGUGGGAAGAUUCACGAAAUGGGAGAGUGCUCACUGACAGCACAAAAAACCUUUCUUCUCUUUUGUAUGCGAGUUGUAAUAGCUCUGCGGUACACUACGGUAUCAUACCAAGAUAAAAACAGUAGUUCAACUUUCAACUGUGUCACCCAUUGAAAGCCCACUCUAGUUAACAGCAAUUUCUUCAUUAAUUUCAACAGGCUUUGUAUUGGACCUCGUGCCAAAAAUAAUCAAGAUGGCCCACUGUUGCAGCAAGCAUCGGGGGAAAUUUCUAUAAACUGGAAGUAAGUACUCUAAAAGAUUACAAUCCUAAUGCCAAGCUAAUAUCAAUGAGCUUUGAAAAGACUGAACUUUUUUAUCAAGUAUGAUUUAAUGAAGCAAUAUUUAUGUUUGACCUCUUUAGCCCAGUUUCAUCUGGUAUGUCAACACCUAACAUGUGGGAAGUACCUUUUCAGGUAUUUUCUGACAAUUUUUCCCAAAUGAGUUUGAAAGAACUUUUAGUUUGUGUGCCCUUCUCAUGAACUGUUGUUUCAGUAUUUGCGCUUGGCAAUCAGGCUGCUCUCAACACAAAUUGAGCCAUCCAGGAAUAAUUAUAGCAACAUGUUUCCCAGUAGUAACUUUACUUCAGGGUUUCUUUCUAAAGACAGCAAGCCUCUACAUCCUGAGAUGUCUUGGCUUCAUCAAAAAGAUAGAUCUACUAAUCAAGAAUUUGCCUGCAGAGUUUUAAAUACAGGGAUGCACCACAUGGAAAGACACAGCCUUUAGAAAAUUAGUGUUCAGGAAAAUAUUGCUGUUUCUUACUGUGACACUAAAUAGCACCAAAUUAAGAUCAUUUUUUUUCAUUAUAUGUAAAAGCUAUUAAUUUUUUUUUAAUGAUUCCAGGUGAGCUGAUAAAAUAUGUUGGGUGAUUGUAUUGUAUAUUUUUAGCAGACACCAAGAUGUAGAGCUUGUGAGCCCACUGAAAGUUCUCUUUGCAUGAGAACAGACAAAUGCCUUUGAAUGGUUUCAGAAAACAGAACCAUCUCAAGUAUUAAUCAGUUAUUAACGAAUCGUAGGUUAAUUCACAUAUUCUUGAUUACUACAGAUUUGCACAAUUUUUAGUGUAAAAGGGUCUGUGUAGCAGUACGGUAGAAUCAACAUUUUUAGUUUAUUCAAGCAAAGUCAUGGCGAUUACAAACUGCGAGGCAAAGAAUGGCUUUCCUCAGUGUUCACCCCGGUGCACUUCUGUUGGUCUUGUUUCUCUGUCAGAGAUCAACAAUAAAUUGCAUCUUUGUUAUUAUGCUGCCAACCAUAAUGUUCUUAUUAACAACAAAUCUAAAGUUGUAGAAAGUUUGGGAUUACUUGAUGCUUCCCUCCUUAAAGCAGCUAAUGUGGCUCUUUAGAUACUGUUUUGAUAAUAAAGUUUUCAUAUUUGCUUCUGACAUCCUGUAAAAAGAGAUUUAAGUGAGAAAGUGAUGGUAUAAUUAAGACCCAAUCAGUAGAAGUGUUUUUCUCCUGAUAGAUACUCUCUGCUCUCUACUAUGUCCCAUUUUAAUGGGAAAUCUGUAACAAAUAGAAAAAUCGUAAGACUUCACUGGAACAUAGAAACAAUAAAACUAUACAGAGAAU